AUGUCCUGGCAAACUUACGUGGAGACCCUGAUGGCAGAAGGCAACUGCCAGGAUGCGGCCAUUGUUGGGUUCGGCGACGCCAAGUACGUCUGGGCGUCAUUAAGCGGCGGCACGUUCGCUAACAUCACAGCCGCCGAGAUCGACGCGAUGGUGGCAAAGGAACGUGACGCUUUCUUCACCCAGGGGCUGACGUUAGGUAAUAAAAAAUGCUCAGUACUCAGGGAUAGCCUCAAUGUGGACGGCGAUUGGACAAUGGACUUUCGGACCAAGAAUUCAGACGGAGGCCCUACGUAUAACAUUUCUGUAGCCAGAACUGACAAAGUAUUGGUUUUGCUCAUGGGGAAAGCGAGUAUCCACGGAGGCGUGCUCAACAAGCAAGCGUAUGGGAUGGCCGACUACCUGAGGAGGUCUGGAUACUAA